AUUGCUUGAUCCUCGUUUGGAACUCUGACCCUCCUCUCAGGAAACCACGUGGUAGUUCUAUACAUGCUGCUGUGGAUGUUAGCAUUAUGAACACUGAAUCCUUUUCCCGAUAAAUAUUAUCCAGUUCACAAGUAAUCAUGUCAGGCAAAUCGGAUUUCAAGAUUAAUUCAAAGUUUGCAGAGAAAUAUGACAAAUAUAGACAAAAAGAAGAGUUACAAAGGCUGAAAGACAAAUAUGGCGACCAAGCUGACGAGAGUGAGUCUGGUUCAGAGUCAGAAUCAGAUGAUGAUAGCGAGGUGGAACUUGACCCCAAAGUUGAAAGGGACUUCUACAGAACAUUGUCUCUGCUGAAGAAGAAAGAUCCUAAGAUCUAUCAGACUGAUGCAACAUUCUACACGGUGGAAGAUGCAUCCAUUGGGGAUGAUGCCCAGCCUUCAACUUCAAAGAAAACCACAGAGAAGCCAAUGUAUCUGAAAGACUAUGAGCGAAAAGUUAUCUUGGAAAGGGGAGGGAAAUAUGAGGAUGAUGACGAGGAGAGUGAUGAUGAAGAGGCUGCAAAGAGGAGAGAGAGAGCUGCAUCUCCAAGUUACAUCCAGGAGCAGAGAGAAUUGAAAGAGAGCUUCCGUAAAUUCAUACAGGACAGUGAUGAGGAGGGCAGUGAAGAGGACUUUCAGCUGCUGAAGAGGAGGAGCAAAACACAGGAAGAGAAGGAUAAAGAGGAAGAGGAUUAUGUGGACUGGCUGAAAGGCCAGGCAGAGCUGGGGGGCCCAGAAGAGGUGCAGGACAUGAAAUACUUGAGGGACUAUUGGAACGACCCAGAGCUGGAUGAGAAGGAGUGUUUCCUUAGGGAUUUUGUCCUGAAUAAGGGCUACAUGGAGAAAAAUGACGUGGACGGGAUCCCCAGCUAUGACGAGGUGGUGAAUGAUGACGUGGAGGACUCAGAAGAGGAUGGGGAGUCAUUCUUGGAGCGCCAGGAGGACUUUGAAAGACACUACAACUUCCGCUUUGAGGAGCCUGAUGCACAGAAGAUCAAGACUUACCCCCGUACCAUUGCCACCUCUGUCCGCUCCAAAGACGAGCGCAGGAAGCUCAAAAGGGAGGAAGUGAAGGAUAGGAAGAAAAGGGAGAAGGAGCAGAAGCAUGAGCAGCUGAAGCAGCUGAAGAACCUGAAGCGUAAUGAGAUCAUGCAGAAGCUGCGGCGGCUGCAGGAGCUGACAGGCAACGAGCAGCUGGCCUUCAGUCAGGUGGACCUGGAGGGAGACUUUGACCCCCAACAGCAUGACCAGCUCAUGCAGAAAUUCUUUGGUGAUGAAUAUUAUGGAGAGGAAGAGGGGGAGAAGCCCCAGUUUGAAGUUGAAGAGCCAGAGGGUGAACACUGGAACUGGGACACAUGGACAGGAGAGGUUGGAGACAAGGAAUAUGGUGGUGAAGAAGAGGAGCAUGAAGGAGAAGAGUAUGACCAGCCAAACUGUGAAGAUCCAGACUUUAUUAUGGAUGCAGACUAUGAUCCCAGUCAGCCAAGCAUCUCCAAGAAGCAGAAGAAAAAGGAGAAGAUGAAGGUGGAUGCCCAGCUGAUGGGAAAGAAGAGAAAGAAGUCUCAUUUUGCUGAGGUCAUUACCCAAAACAAGCCUGUGUUUGACCCCCAGGAGAAGUCCUUUGAGCAGUACCUGGACGAGUACUAUAAGCUGGACUAUGAGGACAUCAUAGAUGACAUCCCCUGCAGGUUUCGCUACAGGCAGGUCCUGGCCAAUGACUUUGGCCUGUCCACUGACGAGAUCCUGGGAGCAGAUGAGAAAGAGCUGAACCGCUGGGCCUCGCUAAAGAAGACCUGCAUGUUCAGGUCUGACAAGGAGGAGAUGAGUGAUUUGCAGAACUACAAAAUCAAAGGACAAAAUGUGAAGAAAAAGAUAGAAGUAUUGAACUCUUUCUAUGCUGAGGAGGACAAAGCAGAGGGCAAGACCAAAGUGGGUAAGAAGAGAAGAGACAGGAUGAAGAAUGCAGAGAAGGAUGACAAGGAUCUGGAGGAUGAUGAUGAUGAGGCUGGACCCAGUCAGGAAAGCUCUGCAUUGGACUCUGGUGAGGGGGUGGUAGUCCAGGCACUGAGAGAGGCAGGAGACCAGGAAGAGGAGUUCCUGGUACCCAAAUCCAAGAAGUUGAAACUGGAGCAGGAAACAGUUGCUACCACUCAGGAGACUGCCAACACAAGGACUGAAAGGCCAAAAUUGCCCAAGAAGAAAAACAGGCACCCAGGAAGCCGCCUCAUGUCGGGGAAGGGGCCCUUCAGGGUGAAAAUGGGUGGGCGAGAGUUCAGCGGACAGAGACUGAAGGCCUAUGGACUGAAUCCCAAGAGACUGCACUUCAGGCAGCUUGGCAGGCAGAAACGAAAGGCUCAAGAGAAGACUGAGAAGCAAGGGAUCAAGGAGUGAGGGAUCCCUUGCAGGGUCGUUACAAUACUAUAAAUCAUUGGUUCCCAACCAGGGGUACUUGGCCUAUCCACGGAGUAUUUGAGAAUAGACCAUAGGUCUACUGGUAAAAUGUAUUCCGGGCAGUGCAAAAUUCAGUUGGUGGUACAGUAAUCGAAAAAGGUUGGGAACCACUGCUAUACGUUGUUCAUCUAACGAAAGUUAAACUCCGUGGGUCCAUCAGGUUCCAUUGUGUAAAAUAAAUCGUGCAAUCAUGACAUUGGCGCCCCCAUGUGGAUCUAGCCAAUCACAACGCUGGAUAUUUUUGGCGCUUUCUAUUAAUUCGAUAUUUUCAAUUGUAGGCAUCUACUUAUUGUGUAUGUGAAUAAAUACUUUACAUUUGUCCU